UGUGUGUGUGACAGUGUGUGUCAGGUGACUUGGGUCACGCAGUCUCUCUCUCCCUCCUCGGGGAGGAACUGCCGCGCUCCGGCUGACUCCUUCGCCGGCAGGCGGGCGGGGCGGGGAAGGGGGCUCCGGGCGCGGUGGGAACCGCGCGACCCAGACCUGGACGCCGGCCGCCACGAGGGGUGCGCGGCCCUGCCUCCGCGGGCUCCUGCGAACCUUCAGACAAAACCCCAAUUCAGAAAUAGGCUACGAGCGGCAGGGGAAGAGGUUUGGCCCCCACCAGGGACCCCCGCCGCCCCCGGGACGGCCGGCCGUGGGAGCGAUGAGCCAGGUGCUGGGGAAGCCGCAGCCGGAGGACGAGGACGACGACGAGGAGGAUGAGCUGGUGGGGCUAGCGGACUACGGGGACGGGCCCGACUCUUCGGACGCCGACCCGGACAGCGGGGCGGAGGAGGGAGUUCUGGACUUCAGCGAUCCCUUCAGCACUGAGGUGAAGCCCAGAAUCCUGCUCAUGGGCCUGAGGAGAAGUGGCAAGUCAUCUAUUCAGAAAGUUGUCUUUCACAAAAUGUCUCCCAACGAAACGCUGUUCUUGGAAAGCACCAACAAGAUCUGUCGGGAAGACGUGUCCAAUAGCUCCUUUGUUAACUUCCAGAUUUGGGACUUCCCAGGACAGAUUGACUUUUUUGACCCGACAUUUGACUAUGAGAUGAUCUUCCGGGGAACAGGAGCGCUGAUAUUUGUCAUCGACUCCCAGGACGAUUACAUGGAAGCUUUGGCCAGGCUCCACCUCACCGUGACCAGGGCCUACAAAGUGAACACUGACAUCAACUUCGAGGUGUUUAUUCAUAAAGUGGAUGGUCUGUCAGAUGACCACAAAAUUGAAACCCAGAGAGAUAUUCAUCAGAGGGCAAACGAUGACCUUGCGGAUGCUGGGUUAGAAAAGAUUCACCUCAGCUUCUAUUUGACGAGCAUAUAUGAUCAUUCAAUAUUUGAAGCUUUUAGCAAAGUGGUUCAGAAACUGAUUCCACAACUCCCCACUCUGGAGAAUUUGCUAAACAUCUUUAUCUCAAAUUCUGGAAUUGAAAAGGCAUUUCUCUUUGAUGUGGUCAGUAAAAUUUAUAUUGCAACUGAUAGUACCCCAGUGGAUAUGCAAACCUAUGAGCUCUGCUGUGAUAUGAUCGAUGUGGUUAUCGACAUCUCUUGUAUUUAUGGUCUCAAAGAAGAUGGGGCAGGAACCCCCUAUGACAAGGAAUCAACGGCCAUUAUAAAGCUGAACAAUACAACAGUUCUUUAUUUAAAAGAGGUGACAAAGUUCCUGGCUCUUGUCUGCUUUGUCAGAGAGGAAAGCUUUGAAAGAAAAGGGCUUAUUGACUAUAAUUUUCAUUGCUUCCGGAAGGCCAUCCAUGAGGUUUUUGAGGUGAGGAUGAAAAUGGUGAAAUCACGAAAGGUUCAGAAUCGGCUGCAGAAGAAAAAAGGAGCCACCCCCAACGGGACCCCUAACGUGCUGCUGCAGUGAGGCUUCGGGAAGGUCCUUGCAAGUCAGCCCUUUCAGGGAGGCUGCUGCCGGUGUUGCACUAAAGGAAGAGGAAGAAGGAGACUGGGACACAUGACGUAUUUGUUGUAAAAAAAAAAAAAAAAAUCCUGCAACCCUCUCAAUCUUCUCUUUUUUAAAUAAAGUGAGCACUUUGAAGCCAAAACUUGUAUUUUAACAAUGAAGUAAAAUCUACUGUAAUUUCGUUACACAGAUGUAAAGUUUUAUGGUCUGUAGUCAGAAACUCCUGUGUGAGGACUGCCAGGAACUGUAUAUAUUUUGCUCUUUUUCAUGUUUUUUUCUUUGAACUUUGAUAAAACGACUUUUCUAAGCUUUUUUCUGUACUUGGUGUCAAGGACAUGCAUACUAUAGUGUAGUGGAUCUCUAUGGCAACCAGAAAUCAAAAAGCAAUGCACUGGUAAUGACUUUUUUUUUUUAUAAAUUUGGGAAUCUUUGCUACUAAUUGUUGAGAAAAAUCCUUUUCAGUGGAGCUGGAACAGAUUGGGGCAGCAAGCUCCAGGAGCAAUAAGAACUGUGUCCCGUUUAUAACUGGUAUAAACGGGAGUUUUGUAGAAUAACGUUAGCACCAAACUUAUCUAAAAAUUUCUAUAGCCGUGGCAGUACUUCCCUACGCAACUGUUUUUACAGAGCUCUUUACCUCAACACACGUCUCUAUAAUCAUUUUAUACAGAGAGGUUAUUCCUUUUUGCUGCAUUACUGUUCUUUAGAACCUUCGGGACCAGAUUUCCAAAAUGGUGCCAGUCACUGGAGAGAAAUAGGAAUGUUGCUGAACUUCAGGGUUUCAGGAGGCUUUUCUGUACGUGCUACCCAGGCUGAAGUUACGUCAGAGGUCACAUGGUUUCCCAAAUGCAGGUAAUUGGUACCUACAGAUUUAAAAAUAGAUAUACAAUUUGUAUGUUUGGCCCCUGGGAAGUGGGCCUGUUGUGCAACAUUUAGAAUGUUUAUUUAGGAUCAUAACCCAGAGUGUGCUCCUGGUGAGCACCUUGUCGCCCCCAAGUCUCCUGCUCGUCCAUGAGUGUGCCUUGUGGACUCUGCCCGUUGCCACCUUAGGACUGAACUAGAGCUCAACUGGCCAGCAGCACGCUCUGCACAGCUGAAAAGCCAUCCUGCAAACCCCUAAUGAUCAACGGGAAGAGGACGGCCAGAGGAGGCAUUACAGUUAGCUAUGUGUUUGUUUCUAUGAAUUCUUCUGCUUAUGUUUACUUUAGACUUUCAGGAUGUCAAGGGACUCCUAAAUCUCCCCUCACCCCAAACCAUUCCUAGUAGGUAAUUCUAUGUCCGUCCCAAGGGUCAGUGCCCUAAAGCCUACUUGUGGGUAUUAGAAUAUAAUUUUAUGUAUUUAUUUAUUUUUAAGCAAAGACCCAUAAGGAAAUCAAAGCUGAUCCUAGCAAAAUGUACCGAGUUCCUAAAGCGACUUGCCCUUGAAACUAUCCCACUUCUUUAUACGCAACGAAUGAAUCAUCGAACUUCACAUCAAAAACCAGGGAUGUACUGUAUGGUGACUAACAUAAUAUAAUAAAAAAAAAAAAAAACCCCGAAACUAUCCCACUUCUAUCUAUGGCUUUCUUCCAUCCUCUCUCCUUCCCUCCCCAAGUCCUAUUCCUUUGACGCUGCUAACUGCAAUGCAAGACGGCAGCUGAUUGAGGUGUAAGGUUUGAGUCUUCCCAAGGGUCUGUGCAUUUUGGAAGGAUUUCUAAAAAUCAUUAAGGCACCCAACUCCCUUCCUCAUGAUUCCUGCUCAGACACCUGGGUGGGUUGGAACCCAGGGUUCCAAAGGAGAAUUUUUCUUAAUUUCUAGACCUAUAUCCUGUUGGAUCUUUGGAUCUUUGCCAACAGGCUUGGUACAUAUGGGUUAUUCUUAUAAAUUUAAUGUUCUAAUAUUUUUUACACAAUGUUUCUUUUUGAUUAAGCAAAUAAAGAAUCACUUUUCUAAUGUGACUUUAUCCUCAAGGUAGAGGCACUUGCCUACCUGGUAAAUCACACGUUACUUAGGUAUCUUACAUAUUAUUGUAGUCAGGAGGAACUUCCAUUUUUAAGCUGGGCAUAUGAUGGGUUUUUGUUAAAAUGUGCCUUAAAAGUCUAUUACUUCAGGAGCAAAUGAUUCUUUGGGGGAAAAGCAAAAAUAAUCCUAUGGCAUAGGCCCUGAGUUCAUGGUAGUAAGUGCACUCUUUGAUUGAUCACGCACUAAUACAUAGAUUACUGCCUCAAACCUGUAAGCAUGGCAAUGACCUCUUAGUCAAAGACAGAUGCAGGAGUUAUGUCUAAGUGUUCAGUUUUUUAAGUCUGUGCUAUUGGAAUUACAAAAUCCCUUCUAUUCCUUUUGCAUUUUAUUUUUGAUAUGGAACUUAGCUUACUGCGAUGUAUAUGGCCAUGUUUAGGUCUCAAACCUAAUGCUAUAAAUACAAAGCCCAAAUACAUGGCUACAGUGACUGCUCUGGAACAUGUUUGCUCAUUUUCAAAGGUUGAGAACUUGACCUACAGGUUUUUAGGGCAAUUAGAACUUCUAUGUGGAGGUGAGACUGUGAAUUACCAUCUUUGGUUAUUUUUAGUGAUAUAAAUGAGUGUGUAUGACCAGGGUAGAGUGUUUUUGAAGGAUUAUAAAUUUUAAAAAACUGGUUGGCAUUCAUGGACAGUGUUAUUUUGUGAGCAUAAUAUAUUUUGGACCCUUAAAUAUAAAAUGACUAGAAACACAGCAAUAUUGUUAUAUACGGGUUAUAUGCUAACUCUGUUUGAGACAUACUCCAGAAAAAUGGGUGAACUGUCUUGAUUAUUAAAGUAUGGUAUGCAUUUAACUUCUAUAGACUGGUUGUAAUUUGUAAUCCAGCAUAGUAUUAUGCUUUACUUUAAGCAGUACAUCAUUUGUAAUAUUGCUAAACCAUUGCUUUCAAGAAUGUUAACUGCCAAUUUAAAAGCAUGUGUCAUGCUCAUGAUUCAGUAAUGUUCUUGUUUUAUUUCAAGCGUAUUCAUAACUAAGCAUUCUGGGAGCAGAAUAUUCUCUUUGGUGAAGCGUAAGUAUGGUCCGUCUUGUUUGUGAGGUUGUCGACCGUACAUGAAUAUCAUUGCUUCACUGGCCCUGUGGGGUCCCUUUAGUAAAAAUGUUUGUCCUGAUUAACCAACUUUCAUUUUAGAGAAAUAAGGAUAAAUCACUCUAUUUGCACUUUUAUUUUUAUUUUAUUUUAAAACCAUCUUAUCUCUCCAUAUAUUUGAUGGAAACAUGGCUGUUUGGAAUAUAGAACUGUUUUUUCAGUAAACUUCAGAUACUAAUUCUUGCUGCUCUGGUCUUAAUCCCUAGCCAUCUGGAAAUUCCUUUCCAAACAGUCCACCUUGUUGAUUCUGACUUGCUUUGUAGGAUGCCACUCUGUAAUGACUUUUACAGAUCCAAAGAGUUCCCAGAGAAGACUAACUUUAAAUGUUGUAUCUUAUAUACAAAAUUCUGUUUCUGAUUGGAAAACCUGAUCUAAAAUAAUAUUUUUCUAAGAUUUUUUAAUCGGUAGUGAUGUUGAGUUUAGGAGAAAGAAAAUGUUGCCUUUGACAGAAUUACUUACUAAUAAUAUAUGAUUG